UGAAAGCCGUGAUAAUCUCUCUUAUAUAAUGAGCUAUUAAAAAUAAAGGAAAUUACCUAGUAAUGCAUAGUCUUAAAACAUAAAAUACUCUGAGUGCAUUUACACAUUUACACACUGUCUGGGCUCUUGAAAUCCCCGUUAGAUUUCGUGGCGUCGUCAAUGUUUUUGGGAUGAUUUUAUCGCUUUGCAGAGACGAGACGUUCGGUGGCCUCUCUGGCAUGCUUCGUCAGAUACUGUCCCCGACAUCCGAAAACGACGAACUCAACUUCCCCGGAGCCGGCGGCAGUGGUGGCGGCGGCGGCUGCUGCAACAUUCUUCAGCAGCAGUCGCCAUUUCUUUUCAAUUCUCAUGCGUCCGUACUAUCGUCGAGCCUACAAAUGCCGCCCUCGACAUCGCUUAGUCAGCAUCACUUGAUCUCGAUGCAAGAGCAGCAACAACGACAACAGCAUCAGGUCGCCUACCACGAGCACGUGCAAAUAUUGACGGAAACGCAUUUGUGCCCCAACUGUGGCGUUAAGCUCACUUACCACAUCAAGAUGAAUAAUCCGCAUCGCGAGCAGGUCGAUCAGAUGCUAGACGUCGGUGAAACGCAAUUGAUGCGCUUUACGUGCCACGUGUGCUCCAGGACUUUUCUCGCGCAAAGUCACAUGAAGCCACCUAAUGAGCAUCAAUCACAACCGCCGCAGCAGCAACAGCAGCAACAACAACAUCAACAACAACAACAACAACAACAACAACAACAUCAAAUUGCUCACAUCUUGUCCAGGAUGCAGACAGGCUCAUCAAAUCUCGUGAACGCAUCGAAUCCCAGUCAGACGCAUUACCAAGCGACGAGUGGCACUGGGGGACCGAUUCACCAGACCGUGUCUACUAGCCAAGACAAGAACUUCUCCUGCGAACGCUGCCAGGCGAGUUUCCGCUACCGGACGCUCCUCGAGAAGCACCGGAAGAUGCACGAAACGGUCGCUGGUCAGGAUAAGCCCUACUCCUGCUCGCGCUGUCACAUGAGAUUCGAGACGCGGAAUUUGUACAAUCAUCACGCGAAGACGCAUAAACCACUGGUCGGGCAGCCCGAGAGGUCCGGUAACACCAACGCCACUGUCUCUGGUGCCACCAUACCGAUUGGAAAAGACAGCACCGGCAGCGUCCUCUACGGCAAGACUAACAACGCCUCGUAUGCCUGCGAGACCUGCGCCAAGGAGUUCCCCACCGCCGAGUCGCUCGCUUCGCAUAAGGCGGUACACCGCUCCAGGCCGCUCAUUUGCGACGUUUGUGGCAAGGGCUUCACGCAUCGCAAGUAUUACGUCGUUCACCAGAGAAUACACACUGGCGAGCGGCCCUACCUAUGCGCCAUGUGUGGAAAAUCAUUUACCCAGGCAUCGACCCUCACGGUUCAUCGGCGCUACCACACGGGUGAGAGGCCCUACACUUGCACACUUUGCGGCAAGGGCUUUGUCACUCGUACCAUCAUGCUCAAUCACAUGAAGAAGCAUUAAGAAGUAUUAACGAGGCUCCGUUUGGCGAAGGUUUACACUUUCUAGUGUCAUUUAGGAUUAUGUUUUUCUUGGGAGUUUGUUCGAUGCUAGUAGUCUGAUUAGGAUUAGGUUUGCAGCUGAUAAGCAAUUAACAUUG